UGAGCAGUAUAGAAUGAUCACAGUCUACGAAACUGACCUCCAUAUGCAAUGUUAAAUAAAAACAAAAAAGUUACACAUAAAUUAUUUUUAGCCAAUACCUUUCUCUUAUUACACUAGUGUUUCAUGAUCGGCUUCUGUCAACAAAGCAUUGCCAUCUUGGAAAUAUCUAGCAGAAGCCUUAAAACUGCCAAUAUGUCUAAAGUUGAAUUUGAUUCUGCCAAUUCAAAAGGGCCUUGCCCUGGAGUGCUCCAAGGUGAGGGUUUGGACACCACAAAAGGCCUUAUUGUUCUGCAGGAAUGGUGGGGAAUGAAUGACCAAAUCGUUGCAGAGGCAAAAAUGAUCGGUGAAAAUGGAAAGUUCAAAACAAUUGUGCCAGACCUUUACCGAGGUAAGGUGGCGACUGACUCCGAGACUGCAGGUCACCUGAUGGAUAACCUGGAUUGGGACGGUGCGCUGGCUGAUAUCGCUGGAGCUGCAAAGUUUCUAAUGAGCAAAGGAUGUAAGAAGGUGGGCGUGACAGGGUUCUGUAUGGGCGGAGCCCUAAGUCUGGCAACCGCGGUCAAAGUGUCAGAAAUCUCGGCAGCUGCCCCUUUUUACGGAAUCCCAGACAGUACAAAGUAUGACGUCAGUACCAUAACCAUUCCCGUACAGGCUCAUUUCGGUGACAAAGACGACCUGGAAGGGUUUUCAUCCCCCGCUGAUGCUGAGGCACUGAAAGGGCGAAUGAAAGAUGAAAGAUUUGAGUUGUUCAUGUAUCCCGGUUGUGGCCACGCUUUUACCAAUCCCACGGGGCCCAUGGGGAACUAUAAUGAAGAGCAGUGUAAGAUCGCGCUUGGACGGAUGCAGGAAUUUAUGAACAAAUAUCUUGCUUAGGACAUUUCUGCAGCACCCUCUCCCUUUUAAAACUUUGCUGAAAGCCAAGCUUUUUCUUCCUUGGUGUUUACAAGUGUGCCAUUUUUGAUUUUUGGACUGAACUGUUAAUUAAGUUGACGUGCUGCAUGUCUCAGACAAUGCUUUUGAUUUUUGAUAGAUUGUUACACUGUUUAGAAAUACUAGUCAGUCAUUCAGAGUGAUUGACUUUCAUGAUUAUGCAAAUUUUGAGUACUCUUUAUUGUAGACCAUUUACUAACAGUUAGAGUAUCUGUUAUAUAUCUAAUGGCCAUUUCUAUAAAGAUCUUACUAGUCAAUUUAAGUCCUUAAAAAUUGUCUCAGUGCCAUUGUUUCAUAAUUUUUCUACAAAUUUGAGUGAAUUGAACUUGAACUAGUAUUAAAGCUGCACUCUCACAGAUUUAACGUUUUGACAACUUUUUUUAGUUUUUGUCUUGGAACAAGUCAGUUUUUGCGAAAAUCCAUGGAAACCAGUUGUACAAGACUGCUGCCAAAAAACAAAAUCACAGUUUUUUUAUAUUUAAGUUCAAAAAUUGAUGUUUUAUUUUUCUUAAACCGCUAGUAUGGUUUAUGUCAUAAAACAUUAAUUUUGGCAGGGAAAUCUGAAAUCUGAUCUUUUAUCAGCAAACUAAUUGGUUUGCAGAUAUUUACGCAAAAUAUUGCUCUUUCCAAGACAAAAAAGUUGUAAAAACUGUAUAUCUGUGAGAGUGCAGCUUUUAAAAUGAGCACAAAAUGUAAGUAAUGAAAAAAAAAAAUCAAUGUGAUACCAUUAAAAUGUGACGUAAUUUCUUAUGCUGACAAGCAUAAGUAUCUUUUUUCAGUUAGCUAAAUUAGUAUAACCAAAACUUGAUUUUACAGAAUAGAAGGUAGAUUUCUUUUAAAGCCUUAAAACGCCUAUUAAUUAUCUUAUUUCAGUUAGGUAAAUUACUAACAAAACUUGAUUUUUCAAAAUAGAAGAAUUUUUUUUGUUAAAGUCUUAACACGUUUUAGUAUUUUAAUAUGACAAUAUUUCACCACCCAAGGCAAUCAUUGGAACACAACAUUUUGUUCUGCGUUGAAAAUACUCCAUAGCAUCUUCCAAUGCAAUCGGAGCUUCUCAGACAUUUUUAUCGAAAACAACCUCGGAAGUUUACCAGUACAUCUGAAGAAAUUGUUCGUAAAUAUUUGAAUUAUAUCAUUAAUUAAAUGUAGUGUUUUAGAGUAGUAUUUAUUGAUCUAAGUUUAAACUGAUUGCCAGUGAAGUGUAUUAUUUCCAACAUAAUUAAGAUUUCCGAGAGUUAAGUCAUAAAGUUUAACCUCUUAUUAAAAUUACUACGCGAUAUACUUGAAGCAGACUUAAAUGUUCCAUAUUUUGAGGAAAUUUUGGCCUGUUGUUAUUAUGUAUUAUGUUGAAAUUCGUCAGUUAGAAUAUUUCUGUCACUAGAUCUCCUGUUUAUUGUAUCCUGCCUUUUGGGCUUAAUAAAUCUUAACUGAUCUGA